AUCCACCUUGAACGCAACGCGCUACCUUGCUUUCCGACUCGCCUGGACGAGAAAAGAUGAAAUGAGUAACUUUUGCGACGCUUAAGCGGACACCGUCCUUUAUAUAUGACUCUCUGCACCGCCCAUUUUUUAAAUCCUCCAGAACCUAUUCUGCUAUCCGUGUAGCUGUAGCAGCUAAUCCGGGCCGUCGCAAUGGCCAACAUCAUCCUCACCAUUAUCCGCGCGCUUCGUGAGAAUCCCGUCUCGGGCCCGGCGUGUAUACUGGUCACGAGCGCCAUUGCAUACUUCCUAGGCAAUGAGUUUGUUCGUUUUAAUGCCCGGCUGCCUACGCUAAAAGGCCCUGGCGGCUGGCCGGUGGUUGGCAACAUCUGGGAUAUCCGCGUCAACGCGGCUGAAAAGUACAGGAAAUGGGCCAAACAGUACGGAAGCGUAUACCAGAUUAUGCUGGGCAAUAUCCCCGUGGUUGUUAUCAACUCGGCUGCUGCUGCGAAGGCAAUCUUUGGACAAAACGCCCAGGCUCUUAGCUCGCGACCAGAGCUUUACACAUUCCACAAGGUCUUGUCUGACACUGCUGGAACCACUAUUGGCACAUCUCCGUACAGUGACUCGCUCAAGAGACGGAGAAAAGGUGCUGCGUCGGCUCUCAACAGACCGUCUGUCGCAACGUACGUGUCUCAUCUCGAUGUCGAAACCAAGGACUUUGUGCGCGAGCUCUAUGAGUACGGUGAUGCUGGUAAGACGCCAGUUGACCCCAUGCCUAUGAUCCAGCGCUUGUCUCUGUCCCUAGCACUGACCCUUAACUGGGGCACACGGCUCAAGAGUCAAAAGGACGACAUGUUUGGCGAGAUUACGGAAGUGGAGGAGGAAAUCUCAAAGUUCCGCUCCACAACAGGCAACCUGCAGGACUAUAUCCCGAUCCUGCGCCUGAACCCGUUCAACAGCCACUCGCAGAAAGCGCGGGAGGUGCGCAACCGCCGAGACGUGUACCUCAAGAUGCUCAACGACGGGCUAGACGAGCGCAUCGCCAACGGUACACACAAGCCAUGUAUUCAGGCCAAUGUCAUCAUGGAUGAGGAAGCCAAGCUUAACAAGGAGGAACUGACAUCCAUCAGCUUGACUAUGCUUUCUGGCGGCCUUGACACCGUUACUACGCUGGUCGCGUGGUUCGUUUUGCUCUUGUCGCAGCACCCCGAGGUGCAGGAUAAAGCUGUAGAAGAGAUUCGCAAGUUUUACGGUGAGGACGAGCCAAUGUGUGAUGAGCAAGACGACCAGCAGUGCCAGUACAUUGUUGCGCUGGUCAAGGAGGCUCUUCGAUACUACACUGUGCUUCGUCUUGCGCUGCCCCGCACCUCGAUUCGUGAUGUUCAGUAUGAGGGCCACCUGAUUCCCAAAGGAACCAUGUUUUUCCUUAACGCGUGGGCCUGUAACAUGGAUGAUGCCUUGUGGACUGAUCCAGAUGUGUUCCGUCCUGAGAGAUGGCUGGAGCAGCCAGACGCUCCUCUGUUUACGUAUGGUGUUGGAUACCGCAUGUGCACGGGCUACUUGCUAGCGAAUCGUGAGCUCUACUUAACCACGAUGCGUCUGCUGAACAGCUUCCGCAUUGAAAAGUAUGACGACGCAGACUGCCAUCCCAUCACAGGCAACACUGACCCAACGAGUCUGGUGGCCCUGCCGCCGCGGUACAAAUCUCUCUUUGUUCCCAGAAACCCAGAGGUUCUUAAGAAGGUCGUGCAUGAUAUCGUGGCUGCGGAUGGGAGCUACUGAGGUGGUGGUGUCGGCGCAUGGAUGAAAUUGCAUAAUACUGCAUGAAAUCAUGAUUAUGACAAACGCUAGCAUAUAAUUCCGCAUAUAGUAGCAUGCUUUUAUAUAUAUAUAAAUAAACACUCACCUUGAAUCCU